AUGGCGUCUUCGUCUUCGUCCACGGUGCCUUCACAUCCUGUCGUAUUUACGACCCAGACGCCCUAUGCACUCCCUUCCCAAAAAUUUAUGAUCCCAUUGGACUGGAAACGCUACCAGCUCUCCCAGCUCAUCAACAAAGCACUCGACCUCCCCAAGCCUAUUCCAUUCGACUUCCUUGUCCAUGGCGAGAUCCUCAGAACGUCCCUAUUGGAAUGGCGCGCAGAGAAGGGUGUCGGGGAGGAGGAUACGUUAGAAAUCGAGUAUUUUGAAAGUGUUAUGCCUCCUCAACGCAUAUCUGAGCUUCCCCACGAGGACUGGGUGUCUUCGGUAUCAUGUCGAAUACCUCAGCAUUUCGUAACAUCAUCAUAUGACGGUCACCUACGUCUCUUCGACUAUUCUCAAAAACCCCUCCUCGAUAUCUCCGUGCACCAAGCACCCGUCACUUCUGUCUGCGUGGUACCAUCACCGUCAACGGAAACCGAGUCUCACAUUCUAGCAAGUUCGUCGCAUGACCUCACCGCGUGUCUCACCCGCAUAUUUCUGGGCUCUGAGGGUCCAAGUGCAUCCACCGUGACUUCUCUACAUCUACACACCAGUCCACUAUCUUCAAUAUCUACUGAUGCAUCUGGUUCGCACCUCCUCACCUCUUCGUGGGACGGCCUCAUCGGUGUCUGGGAUACCUCAAUACCCAAUGACCAUCAAGUACCUCUGGACCGCGGCGAUGACAGAAAAAAACGGCGUAAGAUCGCUCCUGCAGACAUAAAACGGAAAGCACCAAUAGCAGUGCUAAAAUCGCACACCGCACGCAAAGCCUACAGCUGUGGUUUUGAUUCAACGGUUCGAACCUGGGACGUCGAGAGUGGCGUGUGCAUCAACACUAUCAAUGUCCCUGAGCGACCGAUGCUCGAUCUUGCUGAAACACCGGACGGUAAUAUCCUCCUUGGUGCAUCCACAGACCGCACCGUGUCUAUCUUCGAUCUCCGUGUUUCAUCCCUCUCGUCUUCCACAGGUAUCAUGAUGCACCCCGCGACUCCAUCUUGCAUCGCUACAUCUGAGAGUGGAAAGCAGCAGGUGGUAACUGGUGCCUAUGAUGGUGUUGCACGGCUUUGGGACCUUCGGAGCACGAAAAGUGCUGUGACCAGCUUCAGGGUCUGGGAUGGGAUGAAGGUCCUUGCGGUGGACUGGGUGAGAGAUGUGGUAGGCAUUGGAGGCGAGGGGGGGAUGGAGGUGUGGAGAAUCGAUGGGGGAUCUUAA